AUGACAGGACCCCAGCGUGCACGUCCAUUGGGGAGUCGUCGUUGGCGGCAAUCGCCUGGAAACGUGAUUGAUCAAAGGAUCACUUUCGUCAAUGAACCAGUCGACUUUUUCCGCCUUACGCCCAGCCGAGUUUGCUACACCAAGCUCGGAUGCCGAAAGGAUCCAAUUUACGGAUACCCUCCAAUGGCUACCGAGGCGAUGGGCGCUGACCCGACCGAUUACGAGGGUUCCAAGAAGCGCAGCCGUGUCAGGUACUCUUGCACCAUAUGUCGCGAGAAGAAGCGCAAGUGCAACCGCGGAGAUCCUUGCGAUCAGUGCGAGAAGCGGGGCCUUGCGAGCUCCUGCGUGAUCGUGCCAUAUCUGAUCAGAGGAGGGCCUAGUGCGAGCUCUGAACAUGCCGCCCUCCGCCAUCAGACACCGCAGUCUGCCGAAAUGGCGGCUUUGCAAGCCAAGCUGCACCGUCUGACCGAGGAGCUGGGCCAAAUGCGGAGUCGAGAGGUCGAGAUGUCUCGAAACCCGAUCUCGGAAUCUAGCGCGUCUAGCGUCAGCGCCAAACAAUCUUCCAGCGGGACUGAAACCCCCAGCCUGAUGGGAAUCACGGAGCCGACGACUGCGGGCCCGAUGGUGGACAGGGUGCGGUAUGUGGAUGCUGCCAACUGGGAAGCUAUUCUCGACGACAUCACCAGGCUCACUACGCAUUUCAAAACCAAGAAAUAUGUAGUAUGUGACGCCGAAGAGCCUGAAGACAUACCCGCCAGCAGUGCUGCCUCGAAACCUACCGUGCCGUUUCUUCUUUCAGGGGCAUUCCCAACGGCCAACAUGACUACUCUCAUGGCACUGCUGCCGCCAAGGAAUAUCACGACUAGGUUGAUUGAACGAUUUUUUGAGGGAAAAGAACCUGCUUGGUGUAUGUUCCAUGUGCCUACUUUCUGGAAAGAGUUUCAUGAAUUUUGGGAAGACCAAAGUCGAUUCUCCUUAACUUGGCUUGCACUCUUAUUCGCCAUGAUCAACCAUGCUGCCUUCUUCUGUCUGAGGGCAGACGAAGCAGUCCCUGGCGACUUGGGGCCUGCAACUUACGUUGCCGACAUUUUCCGCAGUCACUGUGCGCGGUGUCUAGCCCUAGACAACUACACGACCCCUGGGAAGUACAAGGUCGAAACGAUGAUGCUGUACUUUGGAUCAGAGUAUCUCCGACUAGCCGAUGCACAGCAGAGCACGGCAAUCCUCAUGUCCAUCAUCGUUCGCUUGGCAAUGCAUUCAGGAAUGCAUAGAGACCCAAGCCAUUUCAAGGGCAUGUCAGUCUUUGAAGGCGAGAUGCGCAAGCGCCUCUGGACAAUUGUAAUCGAAAUCGACGUGCUCAUAGCCUUCCAAUUCGGACUUCCCUCUAACGUGCAGUCUCAAUACUUCGACACAGGUCUACCUCGCAACCUCCACGAUAGGGAUUUCGACGAGGCUACAGUCAAGCUACCCCCUGAGCGUCCGAUGACCGAGGUCGAGCGGACGCCAGUGAUGUACACGAUUGUGAAAUCCAGACUUGUGGUGGUCUUUAGCGAUAUUGUCUCGCGCAUGGCAAGUCGCAGCAGUCCCGACUACGGAGAAGUCCUGCGGCUGGAUGAGCGGCUGGAAAGGGCCCAUGAAGAAAUCCCUCCCGUUUUGCGAGAUCGAUCAUUCACUCUCUCCGUCGAAGACACUGUCGAUUUGAUCAUGCAGCGACUCUGGAUAGAGCUCAUGUACCUGAAAGCCCGCAUCGUCCUCCACCGACGGUACUUCACGCUUGGACGCAAGGAUAUCCGAUUCGCGCACUCCAGAUUCGCCUGCAUCAAUGCGGCUACCAAAAUUUUGGAAAUUCAGUUCAACGUCAACGAAGAGUAUAAACCUGGAGGUCGUCUAUCACGCGAGCGCUGGUUCGUCUCAAGCCUGAGCACUCACGACUUUCUCCUUGCAGAUAUGAUGCUCUGCCUGGAGUUGUCUCACCUUCUACGCCCCGAAGGCCGCAACACGACUGGGAUACACAUUGACAAGGAGCCUCUCCUUUCCAUUCUUCAGGCGUCUAGAGAUAUUUGGAAGUCCAACCGGAAAGAUUCCAGUGAAGCCGUUAGGGCUUUCAAGAUCUUGUCUCGUAUGCUUAGCUUGUCGACUGGAGACCAUUACGAGAGCACUCCGGAGACCGUUAGCUCGGACGGAGUGCUUGGUUCCGACAUGGGAUUGCGCCCGUCUUAUCAACUCGCAUGCAAUCCCGUUAUACCUGGGUACAUGCCUCAGCAACCCGUGGAACCUGCAUGGAUGGAACAAGAUGGACCUGCUCGGUGGGGAUUCAUGCCCACCGCGAGUUCAUCAGAGUCCAUCCCCAUUCCUAUGACGGGAGUGGACACGGCCAUGACCUUGGACUGGAGUGUCUGGGAUACCAAGGUCCAAGAUCCAAACGUCGACACCAUCGAUUUGCCGUGGCUGAAGAGCUUUACGGACUCUCUCAACGGGUAG